GCGCUUUGUGGUCACUGACAGUGAGCUACUGGACUAAAGCUGGGAAGGGGGAGCAGUGCGUCCUGAAAUGCCUGUGACAGGUCUGGCUCUGUGGGAAGAGGAGAAGCAGCACAGACUCAUUAUGGGCUAGAACCAGGGAGAACCAUCCAUGCACGUCUCGGAGACACCACGAGGUCCUGCACCAGUGCCACAGGAGUCCAGCCAUGACCUUCCUGCUAUUUCUAAGAUGCAGCUAAGAAAUCCCAGGAGGUUUGCUCCCCAGAGACCAUGCAGCAGACACGAAUGGUACAUUGUUUGUGAAUCCAAUGGGCGCAAAUUACUGUGUGGUCACCAUGGAAUAAAUUCCAUAGAUGUCAAGCCGAAUCAUGCCACAAUGCAUUUCUGUUCUGGUGUUCAACUUGAAAAGCAACUGAGAAAGGAGAAUCACUGUUUAGCUGAUGAUCUACGGACUUCCUACCAAAGUCAUCACACACAACAUCUGGUUCCUAGAUGUCAGGAUGGCAGCUUCAAACCUGGAGAACCAGUUGCACAGUGCCCAGAAGAAUCUGUUGUUUCUCCAGCGGGAACAUGCCAACACACUCAAAGGUUUGCACGCUGAGAUUCGACGACUGCAACAGCAUUGCACAGAUUUGACCUAUGAGCUGACUCUGAAAAGUUCGGACCUGGCAGAAAAUGGUAAUUCAAGAAGCGAUGAACUCAAAAGAAAAUGUGAAGCACUUGAAGCUCAGCUGAAAGUCAAAGAGGCUGAAAAUAAUGAAUUAUUAAAGGAACUGGAACAAAAGACUGCAAUGAUAAUGGUGCUGGAAAACACCAUCAAAGAAAGAGAAAAGAAAUAUUUAGAAGAGUUAAAAAUGAAAAGCCAUAAGCUAAAUAUGCUGUCAAGUGAACUAGAGCAGCGAGCAAGCACUAUUGCAUAUCUAACUUCACAACUGCAUGCUACCAAGAAAAAGCUUAUGAGUUCAAGUGGGACUUCUGAUGCCACCCCAUCUGGAAGUCCAGUAUUGUCCAACUACAAGCCAGCUCCUCCCAAAGAUAAGCUACCUGAGACUCCCCGACGCAGAAUGAAAAAGAGUCUGUCAACACCACUAAACCCGGAGUUUGAAGAGGCCUAUAGAUUAGGAUCGGAUAGUCGAAAGCUGCUGUUGCGAGAGCCUGUUGAUGCUAUGCCUGAUCCCACUCCAUUUUUAUUGGCCAGGGAAACUGCAGAGAUCCACCUGAUCAAAGAGAGGCCUUUAGUUAUUCCACCCAUUGCUUCAGAACGCACAUCAGGCCAAUCACACAGUCCAGCAAAAGAGAAGCAGCACAAGGCACAUAUUGGUGUGGCACAUCGAAUUCACCAUGUAGCAACAUCCCAGCCUCAGCCUGAGGUUGAAACAUUAGCAGUGGAUCAGGUCAAUGGAAGUAAAGUGGUCCGAAAGCAUUCAGGGACAGACAGAACUGUAUAAGUCAAAUGAUUGAUGUGAUGCUCUAUUAUUCUGUUGCUGUUUAUGCACUGUGAUCAAAUAGGAUAAAUCUCAUCUGCAGUAAAGUUUCUUUUAAUGCCCCAUGCAUGCCAAAUUUUUUCCAGAUCUGUCAUUAAUAAUUAGCCUACUUCAAUGAAACACAAAGUGAGACUCUCUGUUCAUAUUGCAAAGUAUAUAAUUACUAAAUGCUGUGGCCAAAUCUAGGUGUACCUGACUGCUUGCUUCUAAGUACUACUCCAUUUACUAUAACUGCAUAUGUGGACAAAAGCACAGGCUACAGUCUGCAUUAUUAAUCAACAUUAAUGAAAAAAGAUACUAAUUAUAAACCUCCAGCAAUAUGUAUUGGCUGUUAAUGUUUAAAAUGUCAAUGUUCCUUUGAAGUCUUGAUGGUGUGUAUGUAGCAUUUCAUACACAGACUCUAACUUUCAUGACAAAGCCUUUCUUAUGGCAGCAUUGAAAAUAAUGCAGAUGUGUUAAGAUAACCUAUGAGAGAACUUUUUUCAGGUGGUCCUGAUCAAAUUGUGUUCAUAUUUUUGUUACAUUUCUCUCCACUAUUACAAAAUUCCCAACAAACUUUAUUUUAUUAAUCCUGUAUUUUGAUUUGUCUCCUUUUCUUCAUUCUUUUUAACCGUUUCAAAUGGUCCUAAUAUAUAACUAACUCUGGAAAGAAAACACCAAUUGAAAAACUAUUGUGUAAGUCUUCAUGGAGAGAGUAUGAACACUGUCCUAAUGGAAAGCAGGCUCCUGUUUUGGUGUUUAGAAAUUGAAUGGUUAAUAUUAAGCUUACACUAAUUAAUACUUUGCACUAUGGUGCCUUUUGUACAAGGCUGUUAAAACGCCUUACUAAGGUGUAAAAAUAAUACACUGCACAAAAAGUGCACUAUUGAAAUGUUUGUUUUUAUACUUAGCCUGUAUACUGUACAAUAGCAUAAAAACCAUCAGACCUAA